AAUACUUAAAAAUAUACCAAAAAUAUAGAACUAUACGGUAUUUACACCUUCAAGUUUUUCUCUUUAUAUAUUCUCUGUAAUUCCUAAGAGUACCAUUCCGUUAAAUCUGUUCACAGAACUCAGAUGUGACCAUUGAGUCAUAGAGUUUUUAAGAACGAGUUAUGCAUGGCACGAAGCUUGACGCUUUUCAGUCAUGGAGUAAAAUUAUUAGUGCUUCACAAAUAAUUUCCCGCCAGCCCGUUUCGCCUGAACCUCCAUCCCCUCCCGUCUCUCUUUCUCUCUCCUCUCAAGGUUCUCACCAUAUUUUGUUAUACGUGUUGAUUCAUUUUCACAAUUUUUGUCGGUGCUUUCUAUAAUUAAUGGCGGUGGCUCUAAAGCUGCUACCUUCAAUCGCAAAUCAACUGCCAGACGGCAUUUUAUCGCCAAAUUUAGGGUUUAUGAGUUCAUCAGCGAUUCAAUUUGGUUGGGAUUUGCGUCAUCUCAUUCCUUGUAAUAGUCAUAAAUUCAGGGGGAGUACGUUAAAACUGGUUAAGGCGGUGCGAAAGGUGGACGAAACGUCGUCUUUAAAGCACAUUAAUGGUCAAGCAGAUCGUGAUUUUACUUGCGGUUGUUCUGACGCAAAUGGGAAUGGCACGGUUCGAAGGAAGAUGUCAACAAUUGAGAAAUCUACCAACAUAUUAUGGCAUGAAUGCUCUGUGAAAAAACAUGACAGGCAACAGUUAUUGCAACAAAGAGGCUGUGUCAUCUGGAUUACUGGUCUCAGCGGCUCAGGGAAGAGCACUUUAGCUUGUGCGUUGAGUCAUAGCUUGCACUCAAGAGGAAAUUUAACUUAUGUCCUAGAUGGUGAUAAUGUUAGGCAUGGUUUGAACAAGAAUCUUGGUUUUGGAGCAGAAGAUCGCACAGAAAAUAUUAGAAGAGUCGGUGAGGUAGCCAAGCUCUUUGCAAAUGCUGGUGUCAUCUGCAUUGCUAGUCUGAUAUCUCCUUACAGGAAAGACAGGGAUGCCUGUCGUUCACUGUUGCCGGAGGGAGACUUUAUUGAGGUUUUCUUGGAUGUUCCACUUCAACUUUGUGAAGCUCGGGACCCCAAGGGUUUGUACAAAAAAGCACGAGCUGGUAAAAUUGAAGGUUUCACGGGGAUAGAUGAUCCUUAUGAACCGCCACUAAACUGUGAGAUCGUCUUGCAGCCAAAACCAGAAACUUGCACAUCUCCAUGUGAAAUGUCUGAAAUUAUAGUGUCAUAUUUGGAAGAUCAUGGAUACUUGCAAGCUUAAUGAGUCCGUUCUCCUAAAUAAAGUUGUCUUCCCAACAACUUUAGCCACACAAAAUUGGAAACUGCUGGUUUCCUACACCCCCUGUAAUAUACUUCAUUCAUUAGUCUUCCCUCCCGAUGAAUCCAUUUAUCAUAGCUGAUUAUUUGAGAAUUUCCCAAAUAACAUGAAUUUAAAUACAGAUUGUGACUACAUUCUCUAUUUAUUUGGUGCAUAUGAAAUAAAGAAUUUCAUUUUGUUUA